UUUCAUUGGGAGAGUGAGUAGGUGGACUAAAAACUUGCAUAAGUUGGGGAAAGCAAAUAGCCAAGUAGGCAUGGCAUGGUCCAAAUAUUCCCUAAACUAAGCACCUUACAAGCACGUACAAGAGACAAACAUGAGCAACUUAUGAACCCCAGAGGAACCAAAAACUGAACAAGAAAAAUGCUUCUUUAUCAUAAAUAAUUAACUUAUAAACCCAAGCAGCAAGAGAAAAAAGCUCUGAGAUAAGAGAUCACAGAAGAAGUACUCAAGAAGUAAAGCAAAAUGAAAGACAUGUGGGCUCAACUUGGCUCGGCAUUUGCGAGCUUAUUCUUUGUUUGGACAAUGGCACAGAGGUAUUUCCCUCGCCACCUUCAAUACCUUAUUGAAAGACGCUUCCAAAAGAUAGCCAAGUAUUUCGAUCCUUACAUUGAGAUCAAUUUCCAUGAAUUCUCCCGCGACCGUCACCAGCGCAGCCAGGCCUAUUCUGCCAUCGAGCACUACCUCAGCUUCAAGUCCACCGAACAAGCCAGGAGGCUCAGAGCCGAUGUGCUCAAGGACGGGCAAAGUUUGGAAUUCAGCAUGGAUGAACAUGAAGAGGUACGUGACGAGUAUGAAAAUGCCACACUCUACUGGUCACUUAGAAAAACUUACACCACUUCAAUAUUGUCCUCCAAUUCUGCACCUGAUGAGAAAAGGUCUUACAGACUCACUUUUCGUAAAAAAUACAGAGAAUUGAUCACUGGGUCUUACUUGAAAUAUGUGUUGGAAAAGGGUAAGGCAAUUGGGGUUGGGAAAAAGCAGCAAAAGCUCUACACUAAUUAUCCGUACGGACCCAUGUGGACUAAUGCUGUUUUUGAGCAUCCAGCUUCUUUUGAUACAUUGGCUAUGGAUCCGAACAAGAAAAAGGAAAUCAUGGAAGAUCUUGAGACAUUCAAGAAUGCCAGAGAUUACUAUGCAAAAAUUGGCCGAGCUUGGAAACGUGGUUAUCUUCUUUAUGGUCCUCCUGGUACCGGCAAAUCCACAUUGAUUGCUGCCAUUGCUAAUUUUCUCAACUACGAUAUCUAUGAUGUUGAGCUCACUGCUGUUCGCGACAAUACCGAUCUGAGGAAGCUUUUGAUGCAGAUAACAAGCAAGUCUAUAAUUGCCAUUGAGGACAUUGAUUGCUCACUUGAUCUUACAGGACAAAGGCAGAACAAAAAGAUAGUUAAAGACGAUGGGAUGAACGGAGACAAGGGUGAACACAAGAGCAGCAGCAGCAGCAAGGUUACUCUUUCUGGGUUGUUGAAUUUCAUUGAUGGGAUUUGGUCUGCAAGUGGAGGUGAAAAAUUAAUCAUAUUCACCACUAAUUAUGUGGAAAAACUUGAUCAAGCUCUGAUUCGGAGAGGACGAAUGGACAAGCACAUUGAGCUUUCUUACUGUGACUUCGAAGGGUUCAAAGUUCUGGCUAAGAAUUAUAUGAAUAUUGAUUCACAUCAUCUGUUUGACACCAUUGGCUGCUUGUUAGAGAAAGUGAACAUGACUCCUGCAGAUGUCACAGAUCAUUUGAUGCCUAAGACCAUUGGAGAUGACGUUGGAAUUCGCUUGGGGAGUCUGAUUCAAGACCUCAGGAUUAAGAAGCAGAAAGAAAAGACAAAAGCCAUAGAAGAAGCAACAUCACAAGCAGAGAAAGACCCAAAAGAAAGAAAUCAUCAGCUAAGGGAGGUGCAGGGCAGGAAGGAUAAGAUUAAGUAGGUGGAGAUGAAGUAUGGUUCAGUUUCAUUAGGUUUACAGAAAUUGGUUUUUAUCAAAGUGUUGGUUUUAUUAAAUUUUAGUUACUCAUCUUUUAAGAAAGUAUGUUAAGCAUAUCAUUGUCAUUAUUAUUAUAUUAGAUUUAGGUAAAUCCUCUGUUUUAUGGCACAUUUUGAAACUUUGAAAAUUGCAAUAUAAAAAAUAGAAUGAUUGUCUAAUUCUAAUAAUAGUGUUAUUUUGUGAAAAAGCAAAAACAGUAACUUUCUGGCUCUAAUCAACACACAGAAAGAGAUAUUGAUUUCAAUUUUUAAAAAUAAUUAAUAAAAUUUCAAAUCAUAAAGCUAAAAAUGGAGACAUAAAAUUAAUUUCACCCUCCUUUUCAUCAGGUUCUGCCACAUGUUCUUCUUAAUGUCUCAAAACCAUGUUACCAUUUCUUUGCCUUUUAAUUAAGAAUUUAGGCUUUACUGUAGAAAUGGUGUUCAGUACCAAAAUGGGAAUAAGUUUUCUUCUAAUUAGAGGGAUACAGAAGUCAAUACUCCAGUACGAAACAAAGGCAGUGUCUGGUCUAAAUCCACUUUGGAGGCUUUCUGAGAUCUGCGAUGCAGCCCAGCAGGAAGGUUCAUUGGGAAGACGACCAUAAUUUCCGCAAACUUGUUGAACGUACAGAAUGCUAACUCAUGCUUCUAAGCUUUAGGAGCAAGCGAUUCGUUUUCGACCAAGGAAUAUUUCUGAUAUUGAGUUGAAAGACCAAGACUUUUUUUUUGGUAAAUAGUUGAAAGACCAAGACUUCAAUUCUGGGCUGUAACAUCAUGAUAUA